GUUGCUGGCGGAGUGCUCCGCUGCGCAAUGGAGGGCCGACGUGAUCUUGUACAGCUCUGCAGUGAGCUCCUGCGAAAAAGCCGGUGCCUGGACGCAGGCACUUCGGCUUCUCCGCGAUGCUGGGGAACACGGUCUGAGCACCGAUGUGGUUCUCUACAGCGCUGUGGUCAGUGCGACCCAAAAGGCUGGCGAAUGGCGCCAGGCCAUGUGGUUCCUGGGAGAGCUCGGGCACAAGGUGGUCCAAGCUAACGUGAUCACCAUCAGUUCUGCGGUGAGUGCCUGUGAGAAGGGAGGACGAUGGCAAGAAGCUCUUCAUCUGUUGCAUGGUAUGGCGAACAGCGAGCUGCAGCCCAACAUCGUCACCUACAACGCCGCCAUCAGUGCAUGCGAGAAGGCUGCCCAGUGGCAGCUGGCUCUGGCACUUCUUCAGGCGCUGUCAGCGAACCUGCUGAAGCCCACCGGGAUCACAUGCAACGCGCUCAUCAGCGCUUGCGAGAAGUCUGGGGAGUGGCAGCGUGCUCUGCUGCUGCUUGCGCAGCUUCGGAGUAGGCAUCUGCAGCCCACUGCUGUCAGCGUAAAUGCGGCCUGCAGUGCCUGUGAGAAACGGAGCAGCUGGAGACAGGCCCUCAGCUUGCUGGUCCAGGCUGAGGAGCAAGAGGUCCGCCUGGACGUUAUCUCUUUCAGUGCGGUCAUCAGCGCUUUGGAGAAGGCUGCGGAAUGGGAGCAGGCGCUGCGACUUCUUCGCCGCCUCGACGAUUCGCGAUUGCUUCCCGAUGACGUGGCCUACAGCUCUGCGAUCAGCGCUUGCGGGAAUGCUGGUCACUGGUGUCAAGCGCUUGCUCUGCUUGCUGAGAUGUCCGAGAGGAAGGUGACAGUGAGCGUGAUCACCUACAAUGCUGUGCUCAGCGCAUGUGACACGGGUUCUCGGUGGCAGCACGCUUUCGAGGUUUUUGGAAACCUCCACCGAAGAAGGAAGAGACCCGACAUCAUUUCCUACAACGCCCUCCAAAGCAGCUGUGCAGCGUCUUCACAUUGGCAGCUGGCGGUUUGGCUUCUGAUGGAAGCCGCUGGGCAGCGAGUGGACGCGGACGCCAUCACCUUCGAGAUGGUCCUGCUGGCAGCUGAGGGCGGCGGAGCAUCCAAGGAGAUGCCGAAGUUGCUACCAUCCCUGGCCAGCGUGGGACUUGCAUGCUGUCAUGGAGCCUGCUGA